CUGUGCGACAUGCCAUGUGGGGAAAUAACCUACAAAAUUGUUUACACGCAGAGAAAUACAUAUUUUGACUGCACAUUUUAUUAACAUUUUUCAAUUAUGGAGAGUGGAGAAAAAAUAACGCGCAUGGAAGAUAUAUUAAACAGAACUGCGACGUCAGUGCAGACUAAAGAUGUAUUAAAUUCUUCAUCUAGUAUCGAGAAACACGAAAAACCAAAUAUUCCAAGAGGCAAACCAAAAUCUGGUAGGAUAUGGAAAGAAGAGAAAACCAAGUUUUCUUCGAUAAUUAAAACACGUGGAAUCAGAUUAUCACUAGCUAAAAAACAAAAGUUGAGAGAUGAUCUAAAACGUGUUAAAGAAAUGUCAAGAGAGAUCACACAAAAACAAGCAGAAAAAGAGGCUAAGAAGGAACGAAGAAGAGAAAAUUUGAGGAGAGCGGAAGAGAAUCGAAAGAAGAGCGAAAUUGUACAAGUUAUUAAAAAUCCUGCAAAAAUAAAAAGAAUGAAAAAGAAGCAGAUAAGAAUGAUCGAAAAGAGAGACACUAUUAACAUGUAAUAAUAACAUGAAAAAUAUAUAUAUAAAUAGGACACUGAAUCAAGUAUAUAAAAUAGUUAUUUGUUAAAUUAUGCUUAAUAAAAGUAUUUUUAAUCUCUAGUAUAUAAAUUUCUGUUUGUUUUUUUUUUUUUUUUUUAAAGAAAAGUCAAUCUUCUACACAGCUGUGACACAUUUUUUUUCUCUUUCACGUGCGACUUGUAUCGCUACAAAAUCUUCAAGUUCCGUUUGCAGAUCAUAAUUUCUAUCAUGUAACCACUGCAAUAUUGAAUAUAAAUUCAUGUAAUUAUAAACAUAGUUUAAUAGUUUAUACACAUUUUUAUAGUAGAGUAACUUACUUUUGUUCUAACCCACUUUGGCAAAUAGUUAAGUCUACGUGGCUCCUGAUACCUACACAAAUUAUUUUAAUAAGAACUUUAUUUUUAUUCUUUUAUAUUUCUUCUUACUUUUACAUACCUUUCAUCCACCAGUAACACUGCACCCCAAUCAUCUUUGUGCCUAAUACAACGGCCUAGUGCCUGGUUUAAUGCUCUAAAUGCAUCUACAGUAUACCAUUCUGAACCAGACAAGAAUCCUUUAGACUUAUUAGAAUCAUUAUAUUUUUUCUUCAUAUCGACAGCUAUAUCGGUUUGAUUUUUAUACGGUAUACCGACCUAAUAAAGAGUAUGUUAUACACUUAUGCUGCAUGUGCGUAAAUAUAUGCAUAGAUAUGUAAAUAAAAUUAGUAUGAAUUAAAAAAUGUUACCACUA